AGCGCCCUGUUUGCGUUGUUUGCCCUCACGCAGUUUUAGACUCCGAAUGCUCUAACCGCUCCGACUGCUCGAACCGCCAUAAGUGAAUGAAUUUUGUGUUACCAUAUUGUUGUUAAUAUACUAUUAUAUAGUGAAUAUACAAACAGCUAAGCUCUGUUGAUGUAAGCUCGGUGCCGUGGUUGCAGGAUACAAAGUUUCUUUUAAUCCAACUAUUAAGUUUCCGCUAAGUCAUUUGAGUUACUAACGUUGAAAACAAAUAUGUCAGAUUAUUCAAACCAAGAUAAUUUUUGGGCACCACCUCCGCAGAAUGUGCAAUACAAUUUCGAUAACACAUCGUUUGGUCAACCUAACCAACAGUUCGAAUUUGCAAAUUAUACCGACUCUCAAGCAAACGAUUAUGAAUCCUAUCCACCGCAAGAUUUUUAUAAUCCCAAUCAGAGCCCAUACACUGGUGAACUUUACACUCCGGAUAAUUACAACAACCAAAGAACAGCAGCUUUCACAGAUGAAGAAGAUGAGCCACCUCUACUGGAAGAGCUUGGCAUAGAUCCAGACAGAAUUUUACAAAAAACAUUAGCCGUUUUAAAUCCGUUUCACCGUCAUGGCCAAACAGAUGAUGCAAAUUAUCUUUUGCAGGAUUCAGAUCUAGCAGGACCCCUGGCAUUUUGUUUGACACUUGCUGCGUUCUUACUUUUGGCUGGAUCAAAAGCACACUUUGGAUACGUAUAUGGGCUAGCUGCAACGUCUUGUAUACUGAUGUUCAUUUUACAUUCCCUUAUGACCAGUAGUGGGAAUGUUACUUUAGUAUCAGUGGCGUCUGUGCUUGGCUACUGCAUACUACCAGUAGUUGCCUUAGCAGGAUUAGGCAUUUUUACAAGCUUGCAAAACACAGGUGGUAUGCUUCUUUCUGGCUUUGCUGUUUUGUGGGCAACCACAUCUGCUUCUCGACUGUUUUGUGCUAUGUCUGGUGAAGAAAAACAAAGACUUUUAAUAGCCUAUCCUUGUCUUCUAUUGUAUGGAGUAUUCACGUUAAUUGUUAUUUUUUGAUUGAACUCCUUUAUAAUUGUAAUCCUUGAAAUAAAUUGUACUGAGGAAAAAUAAACAGAGGUAAAAUUAUA